AUGCAAAUGUGUCGGCCAUUCCAGGUUCAUUCGUUUUAUGUUAGACGAUUAAAGCACGAAUUGAGGCAAAAAGAUAAUGUCCAACAGAAUGCAGAACUGUUAUUGCAAAUUAAAGCAGCCAUUUCUCAAGAAAUAUACGCGAAACAGAAACAUUUUAAAAUGGAUUUAAUCAAAGAGCGAAUGGCAAGAAAAGAAAGGAAAACCAAACCUGUUUCAUUUUGCAUGUAG